AUGGCGGUGGACAUGAGACUCCCGACUGUUCGGAAACAAGUGGCGGACUCUUUAGCGUCUGCCACAGCUGGGAAGCAUCUCGUAGUUCCUGGAGAUGUUAUCACGUCAGACACGGGAUUCAUGAGGGGUCACGGCACCUACAUGGACGAGGACAAGCUGACGGCGUCGGUGGCAGGAGAGGUGGAAAGAGUGAACAAACUCAUCUGCGUGAAGCCCCUGAAGACCAGGUUUAAUGGUGAAGUUGGGGAUGUGGUUGUGGGCAGAAUCACAGAGGUGCAGCAGAAACGCUGGAAGGUGGAGACCAGCUCUCGCCUGGACUCUGUGCUGCUGCUGUCUUCCGUCAACCUGCCUGGGGGAGAGCUGAGGAGACGAUCAGCGGAGGAUGAGCUGACCAUGAGACACUACCUACAGGAGGGCGACCUGAUUAGCGCGGAGGUGCAGUCUGUUUUCUCUGAUGGAGCCCUUUCCCUGCACACACGCAGCCUGAAGUAUGGGAAGCUGGGGCAGGGAGUUCUGGUGCAGGUGUCACCUUCCCUGGUGAAGAGGCAGAAGACGCACUUCCACAACCUGCCGUGCGGGGCGUCUGUCAUUCUGGGGAACAACGGCUUCGUGUGGCUGUACCCCACCCCCGGCCAACAGGACGAGGAGGCGGGGGGCUACUACACCAGCAUGGAGCCCGUACCCCUGGCGGAUCGGGAGGUCAUCUCCAGGCUGAGGAACUGCCUGCUGGCCCUAGCUGCCCACAAGGUUCUGCUGUACGACACCAGCCUGCUGUACUGCUAUGAGUCCUCCCUCCCUCACCAGAUCAAGGACAUUCUGAAGCCAGAGAUCAUGGAGGAGAUCGUCAUGGAGACGCGACAGCGGCUGAUGGAUCAGGAGGGGUAGAGAGCAGUGCAUUGUGGGUGUGAGGUUUCAGUUCCUCAUGGCUUGGGACUGGGAGCAGGAAGCCCCUUCAGUGCUGGCGAGAAGGCAGAGGGAAUGGGGGCAGUUUCUCUCAUUUCGGCGGUUAAAUGCACACAUCUUUAUCUGUGUGUUAAUAUAGUGACCAAAAGAAAACAAAAUACUCUUCUUAUCUCAGUAUUUUUCUACAUGAAAAGCAAAUGAAACUAAGCUGUGUGUGAGCAGAAUGUCUUCCUCCGUGAAGCUGCUCUGGCUGUUAGUUGGAGCAUUAGCGUCAGGCAUGAGUAUGAGGUAUUAUGUUUUGGAAAUAAAUUUUCCCCUUUUUCACUUAACACUCAGUAUGUUCUGAGCCUGUUUUCAGUGUUGCCAUGGUCACAUAUAUCAGUUAGUGCCGUAGGAAAUACAUUGUCUAAGUGUGGAAUUUGUAAGGUUUUUGUCAUACCUCUCUGGCCUCCAGGGGGCGUAUAUUCACCACUCUGCAAUUUUCGGUUUGACGUGAGGAGGGAAAGUCUGCAGCCCUUUUAUCUGUGGCUGCUGAAGCUGUUAGAUAAUCACAUAAUGUCUGUAAGGUGCUGGAAGUGGCAUCGGAAAAAGUAAAGGUUUUUGCAAUGCACAUGUUUGUAUAUGAGUUCUGUUUUGUUUAUUUUUGUGUUGCACAGCACAUGUUCAGCUCUUUUUAGGAAAAGCUGUGAUUUCACAGAUCAUAGUGGUGUAUUUUGACCACAGCGACUGGUACGCUGCUAUUCUAAGCUGCUCAGCGAGGCGCAGCGUGGAUCUCACUCAGAAAAGCGCUCAGGAGAGGAGCGCUGAAGGUGAGGGUGAGGACAGAGCUGCAUCUUCCUCACAUCUGU